UUUUUUUUUUUUUUUUUUGCGUGGGUGUGGUGCUCCCUUUUUUUUUUCUUUUCACUUUUUUGCAACCCCAUAUUUCCGGUUAUCUGACUCUUUUUAACUCCAGCAUAAUAUCCACUUGUUUAUUACCACCAUGGGCGAUGAUCACGAAAGUAAGUGAUGCAAGUCAGGUAUUGGGCAAUGGGAGGGAAAUACCUCGGAUGGCCAACCCUUCUCCUUAGGCAGCUUGACUCGGACCGGCCGAACCACAGGUACAGAUAUCGGCGAACUCCAACAAAAGAUCUCCAAGGCUGAACGAGAACUGAACCAAUUGCGAUUGGAACUGGACCAAACUCGUCAGCAAGCCAAACAAGCCGAACUGUAUGCUCAAGAGAGUGGACGUACCAAUCGAAAACUAAAAACCGAAAUCCAGACAUUAACCGACAUGAGCAACCGCAAAGAUCGACAGGCCGAGAAUGCGAAAGCGACGGCCUUCUUCUUUGAAGGCCAAGUGAAAAAGUACACGGAUGAAAUUGAGACAGCUCGUCAGGGGAUGGGCCAUCUCAAGGAGUUGGAUGACGAAUUGCGGGCAGCGAAGGAACAACAGGAGGUCAUUGAACGAACAGCACAAGAAGAGUAUAACCAAGUGCGGGAAGAGAUUCGAACUUUGCACGAACAAUACCGAGCGGAAAAAGAACAUUUACGAACCGUCAUUCUCGAUGCCUAUCAGGAACUCGCCGAUGCAUCCACUCGAGCACUGACAUUGCACCAAGAAGUACAGUCACGGCUUGAUAAGGAUGCAGCCAACAAACAAGAUAUUCGUCAGUUGGAGGAAGCUCACGCGGCCAUGGAGAAACAGCAACUCGACACUAUUCGAAGUGUACAGGAACAGGUGAUUCAGUUGAAAAAGACGCUUGAUGCUUCGGAAGAAUCGACCACGUCCCACGAAGGCAUCAUGACCAUGGUCAAAGGAGAAAUGGAUCGUAUCAUGCGACGGUUAAGAGCCAUUGAUCAAGCCGAACUCAACUAAGCUUUUUCACAUACCCACUUUUUUUCUUCUUCAUCUUUCCAUUACUUUGCGUGACCUUUUUCAUUGAUGGAUCAGCUUUUUUCGAGAAGCGUGUCACGGUAUACCUGUGCUUUUUUUUGUAGUUUUUCUCUUUUUCCCCAGGGUGCGUUGACUAAAAAAAAGCCUAUUGAAUGUCGGAAGGUUUCUUUAUGUUGCAUUUUAACAGCUGUAUUCAUCGUUCACCUAUGCUUCUUCAUAAAAAAAGAGUUUUAGUCAACACGUUGAUGCGGUAACCUGCUUUGAUUCCACCAGCAUCCGCCAAUAGUAUCUCUUUGUUCAUCACUCUGAUUUAUGCGGUCUGAUUUUAAUCCGUGGCCG